UACCUUUAUGACAAAAUUAUGUUGUACAAUGUUGGGUUUCAGUUAUAGAAAUAUUUAGACUAUAAAACAUCUGGACAGUUUGUCUUUUUUCAGGAAUGAAGAAACUUAAAGACAGACACGAGAAAAAAGAUAUUCUGAUGGAUCACGAUGAAGUUAUUCCUAAACAUAUACUUGAGCAGUUCGAAAAACGCUUGGAACUGUGGAAAAAGGAUGAUCAACGGUUUGUAAGCACUGAAGCAGAGAAACAUGUAAUGCAAAAAGUUUUGACACAAAGUUCAGUUACACUGGUUGGAAAUUCUGGCACUGGAAAAACUUUUCUUUCUAAACACAUUGCCCUAAUAAUGAAGAAACAUGGCUAUACUGUAAUUCCAUGUAGUAAACCAGAAGAUAUUGGAAAAUGGUUUAAACAUGGGAGGAAAACUUUGUUUGUAUUUGAUGACGUAUGUGGCCGAUAUACUCUUAAUCAACAAAUUUACACUGACUGGAAACAAAGACUUGAUCACAUCAUAUCUCUUCUUGGAGACAAAUGCUGUAAAAUCAUCUCUACAUGUAGAUUGGAGGUUUACAAAGAUGAACUAUUUAGCAAUCUCUCUAUUUUCAAAAUGUGUAACAUGGAUUUAAGUUCAAUAGAAUUCAAACUUAGUGCUGCUGAAAAAUUUGCUUUUGCUGAAGUUUACUUGAAGGAAAAUACUGAUGAAGUAAAGGAAUUGUCAGAAAAAAUAUGA